UUAUUGAACAUAUGAUUCGAUAACAGAUGUCGAACGUCAAAUAUAAUAAUUUUUUAACAAUUUUUAUGUAUAUGAAGACAUAAAACGGUUCUUUUCGUUUGAACUAUGACAAGAUCACAUAUUAAAUAUCAAAUUGCCAAAGAUGCAGAAGAUACAUCGGAUUAUUUUCUUCAACCUGUUCAAGAAUUUUCAGCCACAUCCAAGAAGGACAUUUCUCUUUGGAAGGGAGCCUUCAAAAAGUUUAUAUUAAUUAUUACUUAUUUUGUUUUAUCUGUAGGCCUAACGUUUUAUCUACAAUGGCUUUAUAAUACAUAUGGUUUCAAUUUCCCACUUACUGUGGUGAUAUGUCAUUUAAAAGUGAAAUUUUUAUUAUCUGCCAUAAUAAGAUGCAUCAGAACAUGUUACAAAAGACAACAACAAUUAAAACUUCCUUGGCAAACAAUGAUAUGGAUGGUUAUGCCGAUAGGUAUAGCAAGCGGUCUUGAUGUUGGUUUAUCCAACUGGGCACUUUCAUUAAUCACAAUAUCAUUGUAUUCUAUGACAAAAUCAACAGCUAUUAUUUUUAUUCUUGGUUUUGCACUUAUCCUAAAAUUAGAAAGAAAGUCUUGGUCAUUAAUAUGUAUCGUAGUAAUGAUAUCUGGAGGCUUAUUCAUGUUUACUUAUAAGUCCACGCAAUUUGGCAUGUUCGGAUUUUUAAUCUGUUUACUAGCAUCAUUUUCAAGUGGUAUUCGAUGGACCAUGACGCAACUUACCAUGCAGAAGUCUAAAGUAGGAUUGAAAAGUCCAAUUGAUAUGAUGUUCUAUAUGCAAUUAUGGAUGUUGUUACCUAUUGUACCAGUGAUGCUAUGGUUUGAAGGAUCUCAUUUAUAUAAUAAUUUCCAAAGUACUGAGUGGAGUGACAUUAAUUCUGUUGCAAUGACUACAAGUGCUGUGUUAGGGAGUGCUCUUAUAGCUUUCCAUAUGGAAGUUAUGGAAUUUUUAGUUGUUACGUACACAUCUAGUCUGACUCUUGCGAUUACAGGAAUAAUUAAGGAAAUAUGUAUUUUAAUUUUGGCCGUUGAAUGGAAAGGUGAUCAAAUGAGUGGUCUAAAUUUCAUAGGAUUGUUAAUGUGCCUUGGCGGAAUUACAAUUCAUACUAUUCAAAAAAUAAUAUCGAGUAGGAAUAAAAAAACUGAAAAUCUGGAACUACAAUUAAAUUCCUCACCAAGUAUUAACGUUAAAAGUGAAGAGGGAAUUGAUACAAGUUUGCCUUUGUUAACCGAAAAAUCAACAUCUUUAACAAAUCUUUUAAACACGGAAUUUAGUUCAGACGAUGAAGAUGCAGUUAAGCAACGUGAAAAUUCUACUGAGAUAUUAUCUACUAUAGUGCAACGUAGAGAAUAG